AUGGAGUGCAUCCGGAUUCGUUUUGCUUUCAUCUUUGCUUGUCUUGGAUUGACUUUGGUUGUGAAAGCAGCCCCCUUCCGUGAUAGGAUAAAUGAUGCUCCUAAAGAAGAGUUGAGUGACAUCCUCCGCUUACUGCGUAUGUCAGAGUACAUCGACAAGCAUGCUGCUGCUUCCGAAGAAGCCGUUAACACCGACAGUACUCAGGCGAAAGAAGCCGGCAUUGUGCCGGGUUUGGAACAGCCCAACUUGUGGGUUGAGAAGGAGUCAGGUCUGGAUUCAGAUCAGGCAGCUGAUUUGGAGGCUGACUCUGGAGACGUCCACAGUGAGUUAAAACUACUGUUAAGAAAGCAAAAGGUGGCCGAGUUAAACGAAAAGGAAGAGUUGGUCCAAAACUUGUUUCAGAGCAGAAAGGACGUUCUGUUAGAAUCUAUCCAACCGCUCAUGAGUUCAGAGGUGACGGUCAAACCAGAUAUGUAUUCAGAGGCAAAGGUUAAAACAGUUAUGACGUCAAAGUCAGAGGUCAAACAAGUUAUGACGUCAAAGGCAGAGGUCAAACCAGUUAUGACUUCAGAGGCAAAGGUUAAAACAGUUAUGACGUCAAACCGAGAGGUCAAACAAGUUAUGACAUCAAAGGCAGAGGCCAAACAAGAUUUAACGUCAGAAAAAGAGGUUGAAACAAUUGAUGCGUCAAAGGUAGACAACAAACCAGUUUUAUUGUCAAAGGCAGAGCCAAAACAAGUUUUAAUUUCAAAGGCCGAGAAUAAACCAGCGGUGAUGUCAAAGGCAGAGGUCAAGCAAGUUUCAUCUUUAGAGGUUGAACCAGUCGUUAGGUCAAAGAUAAAGACCGUAUCUCAAACCAACGAGAAGGUUGAUAAACAGACAAGAAAUACUAACAUAGGAUCUUUGACCACGAGCAAACGUCAACCCCUUACUGAACACGAGAUCUUAAUGCAGUUAAUCAACUUCAUGGAUAUAGUCAACCAAGAGCUGGAGAAAACUGAUGUUACAAAAAGGAUUCAAAAAGACGAUUCAGCUUUAGGAAAUGAAAAUGAAAAUGACUAUCUGAAAGAGGAUGUUGAAAAAGUGAUCCAAUCGAGUAGGGAAGCUCCAGAAGAAAUGAUCCAAUCGAGUAGGGUAGCUCCAGAAGAAGUGAUCCAAGCGAGUAGGGAAGCUCCAGAAGAAGUGAUUCAAUCGAGUAGGGAAGCUCCAGAAGAAGUGAUUCAAUCGAGUAGGGAAUCUCCAGAAGAAGUGAUUCAAUCGAGUAGGGUAGCUCCAGAAGAAGUGAUUCAAUCGAGUAGGGAAUCUCCAGAAGAAGUGAUUCAAUCGAGUAGGGAAUCUCCAGAAGAAGUGAUCCAAGCGAGUGGGGAAGCUCCAGAAGAAGUGAUUCAAUCGAGUAGGGAAGCUCCAGAAGAAGUGAUUCAAUCGAGUAGGGAAUCUCCAGAAGAAGUGAUUCAAUCGAGUAGGGAAGCUCCAGAAGAAGUGAUUCAAUCGAGUAGGGAAGCUCCAGAAGAAGUGAUCCAAUCGAGUAGGGAAGCUCCAGAAGAAGUGAUCCAAUCGAGUAGGGAAGCUCCAGAGGAAGUGAUCCAAUCGAGUAGGGAAGCUCCAGAGGAAGUGAUUCAAUCGAGUAGGGAAGCUCCAGAAGAAGUGAUCCAAGCGAGUGGGGAAGCUCCAGAAGAAGUGAUUCAAUCGAGUAGGGAAUCUCCAGAAGAAGUGAUCCAAGCGAGUAGGGAAGCUCCAGAAGAAGUGAUUCAAUCGAGUAGGGAAUCUCCAGAAGAAGUGAUUCAAUCGAGUAGGGAAGCUCCAGAAGAAGUGAUCCAAGCGAGUAGGGAAGCUCCAGAAGAAGUGAUCCAAUCGAGUAGGGAAUCUCCAGAAGAAGUGAUUCAAUCGAGUAGGGAAUCUCCAGAAGAAGUGAUUCAAUCGAGUAGGGAAUCUCCAGAAGAAGUGAUUCAAUCGAGUAGGGAAUCUCCAGAAGAAGUGAUUCAAUCGAGUAGGGAAUCUCCAGAAGAAGUGAUCCAAGCGAGUAGGGAAGCUCCAGAAGAAGUGAUUCAAUCGAGUAGGGAAGCUCCAGAAGAAGUGAUUCAAUCGAGUAGGGAAUCUCCGGAAGAAGUGAUCCAAUCGAGUAGGGAAGCUCCAGAAGAAGUGAUCCAAUCGAGUAGGGAAGCUCCAGAAGAAGUGAUUCAAUCGAGUAGGGAAUCUCCAGAAGAAAUGAUCCAAUCGAGUAGGGAAGCUCCAGAAGAAGUGAUCCAAGCGAGUAGGGAAGCUCCAGAAGAAGUGAUCCAAUCGAGUAGGGAAUCUCCAGAAGAAGUGAUUCAAUCGAGUAGGGAAGCUCCAGAAGAAAUGAUCCAAGCGAGUAGGGAAGCUCCAGAAGAAGUGAUCCAAGCGAGUAGGGAAGCUCCAGAAGAAGUGAUCCAAUCGAGUAGGGAAUCUCCAGAAGAAGUGAUUCAAUCGAGUAGGGAAGCUCCAGAAGAAAUGAUCCAAUCGAGUAGGGAAGCUCCAGAAGAAGAAAUUCAAUCGAGUAGGGAAUCUCCAGAAGAAGUGAUCCAAUCGAGUAGGGAAUCUCCAGAAGAAAUGAUCCAAUCGAGUAGGGAAGCUCCAGAAGAAAUGAUCCAAUCGAGUAGGGAAGCUCCAGAAGAAAUGAUCCAAUCGAGUAGGGAAGCUCCAGAAGAAGUGAUCCAAGCGAGUAGGGAAUCUCCAGAAGAAGUGAUUCAAUCGAGUAGGGAAUCUCCAGAAGAAGUGAUUCAAUCGAGUAGGGAAGCUCCAGAAGAAAUGAUCCAAUCGAGUAGGGAAGCUCCAGAAGAAGUGAUUCAAUCGAGUAGGGAAUCUCCAGAAGAAGUGAUCCAAUCGAGUAGGGAAUCUCCAGAAGAAGUGACCCAAGCGAGUGGGGAAGCUCCGGAAAAAGUGAUCCAAUCGAGUGGGGAAGCCCCAGGGGAAGUCGUUCUUGAAGUUUCGAAUGUACAGGUCAGAGUAGAUUCGAUUGUUGGGAAUAAAAUCGUUCCAAGUGAAAAGGAACAUGAAUAUCUGAAGGAGAAAGCUACUGAAUUUAAAGAAAAUUUAACUGCAGAGUUGGAUGAGAUCAUUGCUGGAUCAAAGACAGGAUCUGAGAAGAGUUCCGUCAUGGACAUUAUUCUCAAUAAGAAGGUGCAGGACUUUGAAACUACCGAUGAGGGCGUCAGUGAAAAGGAGACUAGCCAGAAUGCUCAUGUUGAGGACUAUGAAUAUGCAAGGUGCAAUCUCCAAUCAAACAACUUUCUCUUCACGUCAUUGGCCGCCAAGAAUCACGUGACAGGCCAAAUUGUACUCAAGCAACGGAAAUCAGGCGGUGAGAUGGAAAUUAAGGCCAGUUUUUACGGACUGGACGUGAGUGGAGCGGUUGAGCAUAAACUGGACGUGCACGAGUUUGGAGACCUAAGCUACGGCUGUGACUCGGCCGGGCAAAGCUUCAGAAACACCGGUGCAGCUAAUUCCAAAACACGCCCCGUCGGUGAGCCCGAGGUUGGACUUGGACUUGUUCGACGGGACGAGGUUGGUAGUGUGCAGGUAGGCUGGACCAGCCACUCCUCGCUAGGCCUCAUGGGUACAGACUCCAUUGUUGGCAGGGCCAUUGUGAUUCAUGGAGCUACUCAAUCAGGUCAAAGUUCAGAGGGCACAUACGGUACCCGACUAGCUUGCUGUACUAUAGCAAGGUCAUCCGAUGCAACGCCAUGGGUUUAG